CAGAAGUGCCGCAGAGCGCAGCCGCCUCACUGAGCCGGCGGUUUAGGCUGUGUGGUCCCGACGCCGCCAUGGGCAAAAGAGACCGGGGGGACCGCGAUAAGAAAAAGUCCAAGAAGCGGCACUACGAGGAUGAGGAAGAAGAGGAAGACGACGCCCCUGGGAACGAGUCUCAGGAAGCGGUUCCCUCAGCGGCCGGGAAGCAGGUGGAUGAGUCCGGCACCAAAGUGGAUGAAUAUGGAGCCAAGGACUACAGGCUGCAGAUGCCGCUGAAGGACGACCACAGCUCCCGGCCCCUCUGGGUGGCUCCCGAUGGCCACAUCUUCUUAGAAGCCUUCUCUCCAGUUUACAAAUAUGCCCAAGACUUCCUGGUGGCCAUUGCAGAGCCGGUGUGCCGACCAACCCACGUGCAUGAGUACAAGCUGACUGCCUACUCGCUGUAUGCGGCUGUCAGCGUGGGGCUGCAGACCAGCGACAUCACUGAGUACCUCAGGAAGCUCAGCAAGACGGGAGUCCCUGACGGAAUUAUUCAGUUUAUUAAGUUGUGCACUGUCAGCUACGGGAAAGUCAAGCUGGUCCUGAAGCACAACAGGUACUUCGUCGAAAGCUCUCACCCUGACGUCAUCCAGCAUCUCCUCCAGGACCCAGUGAUCCGGGAAUGCCGCCUGAGGAAUGCUGAGGGGGAGGCCACAGAAGUCAUCACAGAGACCUUCACCAGCAAGUCUGCCAUUGCAAAGACGGCUGAUGGCAGCGGGGGGCCCUCCACUUCCCGGGCGACAGACCCACAGGGUAAAUCUGACAUCCCCACGGACCUGUUUGACUUCUAUGAGCAAAUGGACAAGGAUGAAGAGGAAGAAGAAGAGACACAGACAGUGUCUUUUGAAGUCAAGCAGGAAAUGAUUGAGGAACUCCAGAAACGGUGCAUCCACCUGGAGUACCCGCUGUUGGCAGAAUACGACUUCCGGAACGAUUCCAUUAACCCCGACAUCAACAUUGACCUGAAGCCCACCGCUGUCCUGAGACCAUAUCAGGAGAAGAGCUUGCGGAAGAUGUUUGGGAACGGGCGUGCGCGUUCAGGGGUCAUUGUUCUUCCUUGUGGUGCUGGGAAGUCCCUGGUGGGCGUGACGGCUGCAUGCACGGUCCGAAAGCGCUGUCUGGUGCUGGGCAACUCGGCGGUGUCCGUGGAGCAGUGGAAGGCCCAGUUCAAGAUGUGGUCCACCAUCGACGACAGUCAGAUCUGCCGCUUCACCUCCGACGCCAAGGACAAGCCCAUUGGCUGCUCCGUCGCCAUCAGCACCUACUCCAUGCUGGGCCACACCACCAAGAGGUCCUGGGAGGCCGAGCGAGUCAUGGAGUGGCUCAGAACGCAGGAGUGGGGCCUCAUGAUCCUGGACGAAGUGCACACCAUCCCGGCCAAGAUGUUCCGGCGGGUGCUGACCAUCGUGCAGGCCCACUGCAAGCUUGGCUUGACCGCCACCCUUGUCCGGGAAGACGACAAGAUUGUGGACUUGAAUUUCCUGAUUGGGCCCAAGCUCUAUGAAGCCAACUGGAUGGAGCUGCAGAACAACGGCUACAUCGCCAAAGUCCAGUGUGCCGAGGUUUGGUGUCCAAUGUCACCUGAGUUUUACCGGGAGUACGUGGCAAUCAAAACAAAGAAACGAAUCUUGCUGUACACCAUGAACCCCAACAAAUUCAGAGCUUGCCAGUUUCUGAUCAAGUUUCACGAGAGAAGGAAUGACAAGAUUAUUGUCUUUGCUGACAACGUGUUUGCCCUGAAGGAAUAUGCCAUUCGGCUGAACAAACCUUAUAUCUAUGGGCCUACGUCCCAGGGAGAACGGAUGCAGAUUCUCCAGAAUUUCAAACAUAACCCCAAGAUCAACACCAUCUUCAUAUCCAAGGUGGGGGACACAUCGUUUGAUCUGCCAGAAGCCAACGUUCUCAUUCAGAUCUCCUCUCACGGUGGCUCCCGGCGGCAGGAGGCCCAGAGGCUGGGGCGAGUGCUCCGAGCCAAGAAAGGGAUGGUCGCAGAGGAGUACAACGCCUUCUUCUACUCACUGGUGUCCCAGGACACGCAGGAGAUGGCUUACUCCACCAAGCGGCAGAGGUUCCUGGUGGAUCAAGGCUAUAGCUUUAAGGUGAUCACAAAGCUUGCUGGCAUGGAGGAGGAGGAGUUGGCAUUUGCAGCGAAAGAGGAGCAACAGCAGCUCCUACAGAAGGUCCUGGCCGCCAGCGACCUGGAUGCGGAGGAGGAGGUGGUGGCAGGGGAAUUCGGCUCCAGGUCCAGCCAGGUGUCGCGGCGCUUCGGCACCAUGAGCUCCAUGUCUGGGGCCGACGACACGGUGUACAUGGAGUACCACUCGGCUCGCAGCAAGACUGCCACCAAGCACGUGCACCCGCUCUUCAAGCGCUUCCGGAAGUGACACCCGCAGGUCCGAGGGCAAGGCUGGGUGCUCAGCACCCACACUGGAACGGGGUUUAAAUGUAGCCUUUUCCCUCCACAUCUACGUUCUUUCCGGUGGCGUUGGUCAGACUGACCUAGGUUCCCUGUCGACUGUUGAAGACAAUGCAUCAGGAGCUUGCUUCCGUCUUCAUGGGUCAAGCAGGGUUUCAAAAAAGUGGGAGUGGGGGACUCUAUUCUCCGGUCUUUUCAGACCACUUUUCAGGCUGGUUGGGGAGUGGUCUUCCUGUAUAUAAAAAUUUGUGAUAUUUAAGGUGUAUUUAUCUCACUGUUCUGCUGAAUAAACAGCGAUGGGACGUUUAACAA